CGUUUAGGUGACGUCGGAAUCGGAUGUUGUUGGCCACGAUGGCGUCGUCCACAGAGCAGAGUCUCCCGGAGUUCACUGAUAAGGAGACUCGGGAGAAAGUGUCACACUGGGACCGGCGCGCGGAUCCGACGGCGCCGUUAACGGACAAACAGACGGAGUCGAUCCUGGAGCUCCGCGCAGCCGCAGAAGUGUCGCUUCUUCCCGCUGAGGUGAGUGGAGCUGCUGUAGCUGUGAGAGGAGUAGUGAUGGUUUGUGUGGUUUUUGGUGUUAGUGGGGAUGUGAUGGUGAGCUUACCGGAACGGCGCCUGGAGCAUUUACAGUCUCUUCUGCAGGAGCAGCACCUUCUUCGUUCACAAAACAGGCACGCCUUCAAUGCAGGCUCAGAACAGCUGCUGAAGGAGCAGAUAAACGGUGUGUUUGUGUUCUCUCUCUUCUGUGGACAGUCAGAGCUGGUGGAUCUGGCUCUGUAUAUUCAAGAGAAACUCUCAUAUUUUAAUGCACUGGAACACAUAAACUCGGUAAUGCUUUGCUGCUGUUUCCAGACUGGAUUCAUCAUGCAUUAUUAUCCGUUAUUAAUCUGUUUCGUCCCUCCUGCAGAAACUGAACUCCCUUUGCCUGUCGCGGUAGAACGGCGCGAGCAGCCGUUUUAUCACACAGGAGUGCUUGUUAUGAUGAGGAGCGAGGUGGUCAAGCAUGCUGCACCUCACGGAUCUGAUGGGUCACACGGGUACGCCUGGCUGAUGAUUAGAGCACACAUGACGGUAUCAUUUCCUGCUCAUUUAUUGAAUAUGACCCGAGCAGGACCUGCUGGGCGACACGGGUACGCCUGGCUGAUGAUUAGAGCACUAUGUGAAGUCUGCAGAGCAGCGCACUCCAAAGUUCAGAGGCUCAUUGAACAAGUUAGAACUCGCUCUGACAGAAUCCCAGAGUAUCAGCAGCUGCUGGAUGAGGUUCAUCAGUGUUAUCUGGAGCAGAGGGAAGUUCUGCUCAGUCCCUGUAUCAACGCCACCAUCACAGAUCUCACCAGCCAGAACAACAAGGAUCACUGUGCUCUGGUGCGCAGCGGCUGUGCGUUCAUGGUCCACGUGUGUCAAGAUGAACACCAGCUUUACAGCGAGUUCUUCUCCAAACCCUCGUCCAAACUGGAUGAGCUUCUGGAGAUGGUGUCCGCAGUCUCUAACAACGCAUUGAACACCGACACGCCUCCUCCGCCGCAGUCGCCUGUUCAGACCGAGCUGGUCUGUGUGCGACGGGGAUCGCUCCAGCGCUCCUACUGUCAGCGGUGCAGCCGGGAUCGGGCGCUUGACGCCGCGGUUCUGCUUCAUGUGUUGCAGAGCAUCGCUCAGAGUCUGAAGGAGGAGCAGAUGAAGCUGAGCUCUGACGUGCAGCUGGAGGAGUCUGAUAAUAAGAAGCUCAUCGGCUCUGAGCCGCGCUCACACAGCACAGUUUCUCCUGCAGAUCUUCAUGGCAUGUGGUAUCCCACGGUCAGACGGACGCUCGUGUGUCUCUCCAAACUCUACCGCUGCAUAGACAGGGCGGUGUUUCAGGGUCUGUCACAGGAAGCUCUGUCUGCCUGCAUCCAGUCUCUCCUCACAGCCUCGGACCUCAUUCAGAAGAACCAGACGGCCGACGGCAGCUUCCUCAUCAAACAUCUGCUGAUCAUGCGCGAGCAGAUCGCCCCGUUCCACGCCGACUUCACCAUUAAAGAGAUCUCUCUGGAUCUGAAGAAGACCCGAGACGCUGCUUUUAAAAUCUUCAACUCCAAGGCUGUGCCCAAGUUCUUCCGUCUGAACAGCCAUAACGCUAUCCUUGAGUUCCUGCUGGAGGGCACGCCGGAGAUACGAGAGCACUACAUCGACUCGAAGAAAGACGUGGACCGGCACCUGAAGUCCAGCUGUGAGCAGUUCAUACAGCAGCAGACGCAGAUGUUUGUGGGAAACCUGGAGGAGUUUCUCAACAAGGUAGGAGCUUUAAAAACGAUGGCUGUUGAAGGAGGACCGACGUACAGCUUCUCUCAGCAGCCCUGGGCUCAACCGGCCAAAAUUAACGACAUUGUGAUGGGCACCUAUCGGAUUCUGAAAAACAAGCUUCCCGGCACGUUACAGAGCAUGUCUUUAUAUCUGGCCAACAAGGACACGGAGUUCAUCCUGUUCAAGCCCGUCAGGAACAACAUCCAGCAGGUGUUCCAGAGACUGCAUGCCUUACUGCAGGAGGAGUACAGCGGCGAGGACCUGCAGAUCAUCGCCUGUCCCUCCAUGGAGCAGGUGCUUAUCCAGCCCCGCUAA